GUCCCCGUCUCACCGCACUGCCUUGCCCCCUACUCUGCCUCGCUUAGCUUAGCCGCCGCUGCUACGCACUCUCGCCGUCCUUGUUCCCGCGUCGCUCUGCUCGCGAUGGCGUCCCGCGUUGCAGUGCUGCUCGUGGCCGUGGCGGCCGUGCUGUUCGCCGCGGCGUCGGCGCAGGAGAUGGACCUGGGCGUGCCGCCCGCGCCGGCGCCCGACACGGGCGCGGCAGCGGGGGCCGCGGCGUCGGUCCUGGCCGUGGCUUGCUCUGCCGUCUUCUUCAUCCUCGUCGCCGGUGGCCUCGUGCAGUAGGCGCUGCCGUCGACGUGGUGGCUAGCUGCUGGUUCGGGGUCAGGCGGAGCCCUGUUCGAUCGUUUUCGCCUUAGUUAGUAGUAGAAGUAGCAGUCAUGGGCUGUGUUGAUUGUGUCCCUGUCUCCCCCUGGUGGGCGUUGUGAUCUUGUGCUAUUGCUUAUUCUUUUUGUACCAUACUGCAUUGUUCGACGUAUACCUUGUGUUGAGGCGUGUGUUGUAUGAAUAAAGACGAUGGAUCUCGUUCGUCAA